CCGUGACCCAGAUAUGACGACGGCGGAGCUCGGGCAAAUCAGCCAGGCGGCAACAUAACUCGGAGAACCUACCGGUGCAGUAGGAAUGUGAAGGAUUUCAAGUUAUCUCGAGCCCAUGAUGUUCCAAGUUCGCUGAUACUGCUAGCUAUAUGGGAAUCUAUUUAAUCUCAACAAGCAAAUUCGAAAUGCCUGCUCCAUUAGCUAAAGGCCUCGUGAUCACUGUUACUAUCCUCCUUGCCGCAGGUAUUGCUGUCUACGAAAGCCCGCAUGUGAAACAAUGGGUACGAAAUUCCCGCCGGAAGAUUGCAAUAGCCCUGCACAAUCUUGGAGAUGAAAUUAAUCCGCAAGAACGUUCCGCCGACCGCAGGCAAGCGGAAGAUAUAUCUAUGCGCGAAGAACUGGGCGAGGAAGCUGAGGCAAGACGGAACAAAGCUAGGGAGGAAAUCUUGCGACGAGCGUCGAUACUCGAGGCAAGAAAGAAUAAAUCUUCCUCAGGCCCCACUGGUAGCUUUGAUGAUCUUGUGGACAAAGAUGGGCGGUUGAAGGCUCAAUCCAAGCAACCUCAGCAGCCACUGCCCAAGGCCAAGGACAUCGAGCCACAAGCGAAAGAUUCAGGUGUCCAAGUGACAAACCCAGAUACCGUUCAUUUACGUUCUAGAACGUGCUCUGAUCUAUCCACAUCAAUAUCUGACGUGGGUCCGAAGAUUUCGGCUGAGCAUCGCCAGACAAUACUUGACAUUAUAGAUAUAGAUAGAAUCCGCACCACCCUCAAUUCAGAGACUUCCUCACACCAUCCUUCGGAGUCUUUGGUUGAUCUUACCCCGACUUCAGAAAACCCAGCCAUGGACUUCCCUAGUUUCUCACACAGCGAGGUACAGGGCCAGGGCCAGCAAGAGGAUCCCACCUCACAAUCUAGCUAUUUCUCCUUAGCCUCGUCCCAGCAUACAGAGGAUGACGAGCCGGACUUCUACUACGCACGUCCCCCCCGAGCUGAUCAAAAUUCCACAGCACCACCACACCCACCACUGUAUGAGAGCGAAAAUCCAUUUGCGGACCAGCAGGGGAGCCAUACUAUCCAAUCAGUCUCUUCAGCGCCCUCAAUCGCUUCAAGCUUCAGCCAUAUCCAGAAUAACGCCUUCGAGCGAAUGUCUGACGGGACGCUGAGUGAGCUGGAAUCCGUCCAUGAUGGCACGCACACGCCAGCCAGCUGGUCUGAAGUCGGUAGUGUGGUCAGUAGCAACGACGGUAACCAUCACUAGUUAGUAGGGUAUGUUAUACGCAUUAUUUGAAAGACUAGAAGUACAGCUUGCCCGUUUACCUCCGGUGUUUACGCACGAAUAGUUAUAUUAUUAUUUACUAUGGAAUGGUCCUUUAGAUGUCUCAGCCGAUGAUUCGUCUAUCCUCUCGUUUUAAUCUCUGUAUUUACUUCCGGAGGUACCUGUUAGCUAGAACCGGUCCGUUCGAGGUUUCCGAUAACUUGCGAUCUUCUCCUGAAACCUCCAUUUUUAUAUCUUCCCGACAUGGUUACCAACAAGACGCCAAGAUAGGCAUGUAACCAUGUUGUUGGGUUGUUUUGGAAACGAGUUGUUUUGCUAAAUGGCGAAAUGGUGCGUUUUGUAUAAAUUAUCGUUUCCUCUCGUUCUGCAAGGGGCCACAACUUUGUUGUAUUACUCAGCUG